UAUCGUUGCUUCACCAAAUCACAACCGAGAAGGCUGACUAUAGGGUGAUAAAAAAAGAAGGCUAGGGUUAAAGCCGUACCGAGAAACGAAGACACUUCAGCGGUAGACUUUACCGGGACAAGGCAUGGUAUUCUCUGCUUUACACUUUGGCCGCACGGCGAGAACAAAUAAAUAAGAUUUUGCUGUUGAAGAAAGUUUUUUUUGUGGACGUUUGCACAUUGUUAUAAGUGAAGCAUGGGUGUGAAACACCUUCAGCUCGGCCUGGCGAGGUGGAUACUCCUCAGCAUUCUGAUAACGAGUGUUAUUGCAAAAUGUACCAAGAAAUGUUCCAACCAUCGCACUCCAGUAUGCGGUUCUGACGGUCAGACCUACAAGAAUCAGUGCAAGCUGGAGAAUCGAGCUUGCAGCAGACCCAAUCUGUACCUACUGAGCCAAGGAGAUUGCAACCUUCAAGGUUGUAGACGCACCUGUGUGGGUGCUCCUGCGCAUGUAUGCGGCACGGAUGGAGUGACCUACAACAGCCUCUGUGCCCUUGACAAUGCGGCUUGCACCGAUGCAAGCAUCUCCCUGAGAGGACAUGGACGCUGUCAAAAAGAGGUAAUCCUGACGGCAUUCGGGAGUAACUUCGCCGGGAGUGACAGAAACCUCGUCUUUGAGAUAGAAGUGGAGAGCGCAGCCGGCAGCAAGCCGGUCCGGGGGCGAGGCCUGUGGAAGCUCGGUGUCUACGGUUGCCGCUACGACGACGGAUGGUGCGAUAAGGUCAACCACAUGCCCCAGAUUCUCAGCGAUGAUCAGGCCUCUACGCCCCUGGGUGCUGGGGACAAGAUCACCAUCGGGAACAUCAGGGCUGCGUUCGACGCCAGCAUGAUCGGAUGCGAGGACCUGCCUUAUAUCUGCACGGAGUUCUCAAAGGGAGACGACCCACGGCCGGAUUACGUCUUGACCAUGCCGGGCCAUUUUGAUUCGGCCAUUAUGUGCUUUGAGCUCCCGUGCGUACCUGGCAUGGUUACGGAUCCCCCGCAACCAACCCAAGCGUGCCGCUACGAAUGCCCGGAAUCUGGCAACACCGUCUGCGGGUCUGAUGGGGUGACGUACGCCACAGAGUGCGCCUUGGAUAACGAGAACCGAUGCAGUGAAGACCCGACUAGCUACCUGCUACAAAGGAAGCACUAUGGACCGUGCAGGACAGGUGUUAUAAUUGACAGCGUAUUCUGGUCAGCCCGGGGUUCUGACGGAACGAGGAUAGAACUCGAGUCCCUCAUCAUGUCCAACGACACUGGGGAGAGCAUCUCUGGUCGGAACCUCUGGAAGAUGGGUAUCUACGGCAGUCGAUUCGAAGACGGCUCCGGUCCAAGACUCGGUUACGUACCUCAACUUCUCGAUGAAGCACAAGCUUCAACAACUUUCGCUGCUGGAAAGGCUAUUGUUAUGAGUGUUGUAGCAGAAUUCGACGUUGCCGCGGUGGGUUGUUCGCGCUACCAGUUCCUGUGUCUGGAGUUCACCAAAGGAGAUUCUCCCCAACCGCCGUUUCCUUUCACGGGCAAUUCCGGACCAGAAGAAAACAGUGUGUUCGUCGCAUGUAAACAAGUCCCUUGCAAUGGGCAGCCACAACGAGAAAUACCGGCUGAUGGACGUGAUCGAGUCUACGUCAGCGAGCUGGGAUGGGGACUCAAAGCCGGAAGUCGUCGCUCGGACGGUGACUACGACGUCACGAUCAACCUAAACGCACGAAUCCUCGGGACGGGCGACCGAGUGUCCGGAAACGACCUCGUUCGCGUCGGCCUGUUCGGCAGCAAGAACAUCUACGGGGAGGGUGAACGUUUUGCCUUCCGGAAGCAGAUACUCACGAGGAGUCAGUCAUCCGUGUCGCUCACACCGAACACCAACCUGGUCAUUGAGGACAUCGAGACACAUUUCCCGGUGACUGGAGUGGGCUGCUCCGAGUAUGGCUACCUCUGUGCCGAGCUCGGUAGGAGUGAGACGACAAAUCAGGACUUCCUCUUGAUUCCAGAAAGCCUUGAUAUCAGCUCUACGGAUGAUUCCAUACUCAUAUGCAAGGAGAUACCGUGCAGCAACCCAGGUGGCCAACGUCCAGGCACCAGUGGAGGUCACGGAGGCACAGCGGCAUCGAAAACGGGACGAGUGUCGAAUCUUAGCUGGAAUCUGAAAGUUGGUCACACCAACAGCAAUGGUCCGAGUGAUCUCAUCAUUUCAGUCACUGCCCUGCCCCACGAACGUUCGGACAGCAUCUCGGGCGAGGGUCUAUGGCGAGUGGGUCUUUACGCCAGUGAGGACAGCAACCCUCUCGGUCGGAAGGAAAGAUACAGCCGUCAGAUAUUGUCCCGUGAGCAGCAAUCAGCGCCCCUCGGGCCGAACACCAAUCUGGAGCUCACUGAAGUCAACACCCAAUUCGAUUUGACGGGUCUUGGUUGUGGAGAGCUGAACUACAUCUGUCUUGAGUUCACUAGAGGGGAUUCCCCGGAACCAUCCUUCAUCUUGCCUUUGCCCCAAGAAGAUAAUGAUGGGGUCACCGAGCGAAUUUCCUCAUGCAAAGCAUGGCCGUGGUGUCAAGGAGGGGACACCACAAGUCACACUGGUGGAAGCACAAGCCAUAGCAGCGGGAGUACGGGUCACGAGAGUGGUGGAACAGGAGGUUCGACACACACCACUGGAGGAGGUCAAGAAGACUCCCUGUACGCUGCAUUCGCAAAUGUCCACUGGGGAAGGCGUCUUGCACCGGACAUGUCCGGUGACAAGAACCUCGUCAUGGAGCUAACACCUCAUCCCCUCAGCAGUGCUGUCACCGGUUACAACUUAUGGAGGGUGGGCCUGUUUGGAAGUGACGUCUCAGACGGCACCGGGAGACGAUUCGAAGAAAUCGAAAACAUUUUAUCUUAUACCGAUCGCAGCAAACCAUUGGUACUCGGAAAGAGUCUUGACUUUACCAUAAGAACGCCGAAUGAAGUCAGAGACAUGGGUUGCAGGCACUCUUAUGAAUGUAUCGAGUUCACCAAACUUCCGGAUUCAAUUCCACCCUUUAAGCUUGCUCUUGGAAACAAGGACACCUUUGUUUCUUGCCAGAACAUUUCAUGUACAGAUGCUGGAACUCACGGUGGUGGCGGCAGUGUACACACUGGUGGGAUGGGAGGUGCCGGUCACGAGACAGGAGGUCACGGUGGUGGUACCCCAGCAAAACCUAGCACCCACCAACCACGACCCACAGGAGACGCCGUGGCCCUCCAUAAUCUUCGAUGGUCGCGUCCUACCAUCUCAGCGGAAAACCCAGCUAAAGUCAACUUCAGGGUACUGCUCACACCAAAACCUCACAGUAGACCAAUCGAGGGAUUCAACAUGUGGAAGUUGUCGAUGUUUGGAAGCGACGACGCUCGUGGCACCGGAAUGAAGUUCGGUGUGAUCAAUAGUAUCCUAUUCAAUGGCAAUCAGAACAAGCCAGUUGUACCUGGAGAGGACAUGGAUUUUGAGAUCCAAAGAUUCUUCAAUUUGGCGAAAGCCAGUUGCAGUCACCCUUAUCUGUGUUUGGAAUUUUCUAAAAACGCGUACUCUACUGUGUCAUUUAAACUUGAUCUUGGUGCGGACACACUCGUUUCAUGCAAGAGGCUAACAUGUGAUGAUCGUGGUACUGAUGGUGGUGGCAACCCAUCUCCUCCUAAACGAGGGCCACGCCAGGGCGGCGACGCCCCAGUGGCACUCUCAAAUCUUCGCUGGACCCAUCCAACGAAAAAAACGGACAACCCAACACAUAUUACAUUCAGGGUUAUGUUGACACAAGAGUCCCACAGCGGCUCAAUUGAUGGCAUCAAUAUGUGGAGGCUGGGAAUGUUUAGAAGUGACGAACCGACUGGAUCUGAAAUGAGGUUUAGCGAGCUCAACAACAUCCUAUACGGUGGCAACCAGAACAAACCAGUUGUACCCGGACAGAACCUUGAGUUUGAGAUCGACAGACGCUACAAUUUGGAAGAUGCCGCCUGCGCACAUCGUUAUCUUUGUUUGGAGUUUGCCAAGAACAAAUACUCAUCUGUACCGUUUGACCUUAAUCUUGGUGACACGAACGCUCUUGUCUCGUGCAAGAGGCUAACGUGUGCCUAUGGUGGGGAAGAACAAGGUGGUGGCAACCCUCCUGAUACUGGUAGCCAGGGUGGUGGAAUGGGAGGUCCUACUACCCAUGGUGGCAGUAACCCCCAAACGGGAGUUCGCGUGGCCCUCUCUAGCCUUCGUUGGACCAGUCCAACAACCUCGCCGGAAAACCCAUCUGUGAUGAAAUUCAGGGCAAUGCUGACACCAGGGACACACAGUGGCUCAGUUGAGGGUUACAACAUGUGGAAGAUGACAAUGUUCGGGAGCGACAGACCAGAUGGAUCUCAGGCGAGGUUUGGUGAAAUAGGAAAUGUCCUUUCCGGUGAAAACCUGAAGAAACCAGUAGUACCUGGACAGAACUUGGAGUUUAGUGUCGAGAGGAUGUUUGAUCUGACAGCAGCUGGAUGUGCACAUGAUUACCUUUGUAUAGAGUUCUCUAAAAACACGUACUCCUCCGUGCCAUUCAGCAUUAAUCUUGGUGACACAGAGACUCUCAUCUCAUGCAAGAGGCUAACAUGUGAUGAUCGCGGCAGCCAGACGCCUACCAACACAGGUCACGGUGGUGGCCAAACCCCAACUAACACAGGUCACGGUGGUGGGAACCCGCCACAGACCCCAGGAGUAAUGGUCAUCUUUUCUAAAAUCAAUUGGGGUCGCCUACCAAGCAAUCCAGACAGGCCUGGUAACGUCAACCUGAAUGUAACUCUUACACCCAAUCCCCACAGCAAUCCCCUCUCAGGUAGUCGACUUUGGAGUGUUGGCAUCUUUGGAAGUGAUGCUGCUGAUGGAGCAGGGACAAGGUAUCAGGAGCAACCUAAUGUCCUGUCGAGUAGAGAUCAGAACAAAGCCGUGACACCAACGCAGAGGCUCGAGUUUGACAUAUCAACACCGUUUGACUUCAGCAGUAUUGGUUGCGUUCAUCCUUAUUUCUGCAUAGAGUUUGGGAAGAAUAGGUACUCCUCGCCCUCCUACAUUCUUCGACUUGGUAACAAGGAUAGCCUUGUUGCCUGUCAACGCGUCUCCUGUAAUCCAAACGCAGGUCAAACUCCAGGAGGUCAUACACCUGGAGGUCAAACUCCCGGAGGUCAUACAAGGCUAGAUCCAAGCCUGCCCACAGCAAGGUUCUAUAACAUCAGUUGGACCCCAACACCUGGAGAAGUCCGUGCUGGACGCAUAACAGAUCUUAACGUCCGUGCGACGUUGUUCCCAAACCCUGACACUGACACCAUCUCUGGGAAGCGACUGUGGAGAAUCGGACUGUACGGGAACAUGUAUAAAGAUGGCACAGGACCAGAGAGGAUCCACUACAACGAACAGAUCCUUACACCCAAGCAGGCGAAGACACCACUUCGCCGAAACAGACCUGUUGUGUUCGACGUGGACACGCGCUUUCCGUUAGAAGGCUUUGGUUGUGAUCUUCACAGGUAUCUGUGUAUAGAGUUUGCCCAGCACAGCCAACCUAAUCCAGAAUUCAAUUUCCCCAUUGAGAAUGGAGCACAUGUGAGCUGUCGGCCAUAUCUCUGUCAAGAUUCAGGUCAACCCUACCCGGAGCCCGAGCCCCAGCCUGAACCAGCUCCAAACCAAAACUAUGCAAGAGUCGACGAUUUCAGUUGGAAAAUUGGUAACACAAAUAUGAAUGCUAAUGGCCUGACGGAUCUCCGGGUAUUCGUUAAUGUCACACCGACUGCAGACACUGACACCAUCAGUGGACAGAACUUGUGGCGAAUUGGCGUCUACGGGAGUAGGGUCCGAGAAGGAGUGGAUGGUUACCAGGAUCGAUACGACUACAAUCCACAGAUUCUUCAGGUUCACGAUGCCCGCAGAGUCUUCGGCCCAGGUAGACCCUUGAAGUUUGAUGUCAACACAAGGUUUGACAUGAGACAGCUAGGCUGUGGUCCAUACAAGUACUUCUGCGUUGAAUUUGGAAAGGACAGUCUUGCUGUUCCAGACUUUUACAUGCCACUUUCCAACGGGGAUGUCAGUGUCAGUUGUCAGAGGUCCGUCUGUCCAGAAGGUGGAAGUCAUACUGGAGGUACUGAUCAUGCUCAGCCCGAUCCAGCUACAAUGAAGACGGCGAGGUUCUCUCGCAUGGACUGGAGACUACUCGGACCAACAGUCUACUCACAUGGGGAUAGCGAUCUACGCAUACUAAUGGACAUAACCCCAAAUCCCUCCUCUGACCGGAUCGAUGGGGGUGCGGGUAGUGGACUGUGGCGGGUUGGCAUCUUCGGCAACAGCAACACAAGGGGGUCACACCCUAUGAAGAUCAACUACGAAAGCCAGAUUCUGAGUCUGGAGGACCGUGACAAGAGCCUGAUUCCACCAGGACACCUGAACUUUGACAUGACCACUCCCUUUAACCUCCGGAGGGCACACUGUGACAGCCAGUAUCCAUUUUUGUGUCUGGAGCUUUCCAAGGGUGAAAGAGCCUACCCAGACUUUAAUUUACCGUUUCCCCGUGGUGCCGACUCCUAUGUAUCGUGCCAGCCUGCUCCAUGUCUUACAACUGAUACAAGGACGCACGGCACUGUACCUGUAGCUACCGUCACGUCGGUCACUAUGGACGGCGCAACCAUUCAGCCCGGCAUACAAAACAACCUGUUCUUGGAUGUGAGUGUGAACAUGGCACAAUCUAGCUCAAACAUUCAUGGAGCCAACCUAUGGCGUGUCGAGAUGUGGGCAAGCAGAAGCUCAACUGGUGAGGGUCUUAAGAUAGGCCACAACAGCCAGGUACUCUCCGAAACACAAACCGACCGAAGCUAUGUCCCGCCAGAGCCGGUGUACUUCGCUGCAGUACCAUUCAGUGUGGACAUGAGAAGGAAAGUCUGUGCCGCUGUUGGCUACGUGUGUGCCAAGUUCUCUAAGCAGGAUAAUGCAGUUCCAGAGUUCAGUCUAGAGGCAUCACCAAACAGCAAUGUGCUUACUACCUGUCGACCUGUAGAUUGCAGCACCCCAACCAAUUCCAUGAUAACAGUCACCGGGCUCUCCCUGUUCCAGAUGAGGGAUGUUGGCCUCAGACCAGGCCGACCCAACACCCUGACCAUUGGUGUCCGAGUCAACUACGACGCGGCGGAAAGUGUCGGCUUCUCAGGAACCAACCUGUGGUCUUUGCAGAUGUGGAUGUCCGCAAAAGCAAACGGCAAGGGUAACAAAGUCAGCGCGGUAAACCAGGCCUUGGACGCCGAGCUUUCCUCUGUGCCCUUUGUGCUCGGUCGAGACCUGCAGUUCAGGGGUGUAGAGCUCAGCGUAAACCUGAUGGGAAAGAGAUGCAAAGCUGCACGAUACGUGUGCGUGACCUUAUCAAAGAACGCAGGAUCAAGCGAGUCCUAUGAGCUCCUUGCAAGCCCUACUCCCAAAAGCCUGUCCAAGUGCCUUCCUGUCAACUGUUCUUGAAUCUUAUCGAGGAGGGGCAGGUUGGACACUGGAAAACUAUAUGCUUGUAGAAUAAAGUGUACAGUCCAAAGUAGUUAGAGUGCACUGCAUGGCUAUAAUAAUGUGUGCUGUAUUACCCAGUACCUGUGUUUGAACAUUAAUGUGUCACUGUGGAACUGUUUAAAGUCUUACAGACCUACUUCAACGGCAGCAAGUGACCUUUGCUGAAUUUCAUAUAAAAUGUUUUCAACCAAUAAGACAAUUGAGUUCACGCGAUUAAAAUUUUAUAAAUUGUGUACAAUACAAUCCUGUUGAAUACCCUUCACUGGUGCUUUUCAGUAAGAUAUGCAAAAAAGUCAUGUUACAUCAUCACUCAUGCUAUAACAUUACAUCAUAAUAUGAAGGAGCUCCAUUUUGUAUAGCAACUUUGUUUCAGCAUGGAGGUAUAACAAAGCAUGAUGUCGAAGAACUGUAAUUUUGACGCAUGUCAGAAGUGUUUUUAAUUUUUCAAAACCUUGGAGGUUGACCCUCAGUUUUUUAUCAAUAAUUAACAACAAUUUAGAAAGUACAUUGAAAUGAUAAAAAACACAUACAAAUCAGGUGUAAAUCGCACCCCUGUUAAAUUUGUUUGCUUAUUAAGUAGCUGUUUAAUCAUUAAAGACGCAUAAACCUUUUUAAUACAGUAAUUUUCUGCCUUGCAGGAUAUACAAGGAAUAGUUAGUACAAGUAACAUGAUAUUUACUACGAGAAGCAACAUUUUUCUGUGCUUAGUGACUUUGUGCUUUAAAGCAGCUCUAUGAAAUCAGGCACUGGGCAAAAACCGGGGAAGGUCGUGGAUCACAAAGGGGGGAGUAUUUAGUAGUAAACACCAUAUCCAGGCUUGGAGUCAAACAGUGCAUUUUGUUCUAAUUGUUGUGGCUUCAGACCACCUUCUUAAAUGGUUCCAAAAUACAUUUAGAUCUUUAAUGAUCUUGCUCGUCCGAACCCCACCCCACCUCUGAUAUAAAAAAUUCAGGCCUGUGACCCACUAAUGCCCUUCUUCGCACUUGACAUUGACUGCUCUUUUAUUAUAUGUACCAUGUACAUGUGCUAUUGCUGCUUAAAAAUAUAUAUAAAUUUAUUCUUAAACUUUAUAUGAAUAGUGUAACCUCAGUUAAAAAAGAGAGAGAGAAAAAACAGGCUAAACCGCAUUAUCAUGAUUAGGUUACUAUGUUGCAUUUGAGAAUCUGCAAGAGUUGCAUAUACAUGUAACUUAACUUAACUUAACAGUGUACAUGUAAUGCUUCCAUACAUAUAUGUUAAUAAAUCAUUUUUAUAAAACAUGAUUAAAAACGAA